CACUUAGAGAGGAAAUAACUACGCAUCCGGGUCUCUGGCCUCAACAAAUCGAACAAACUUCAUCCUUUCACAACCCCUUCCAUCAACUUCUCUUUAUAUACCCACUGCAAUGGACAACGAGAAAACAGCAGCGGAUACGAAGUCAAACUACGCCUCGUCAGUCGAGAUUGCCGAAAGCCUUGGGUCAUCGAACGCCCCUGGUGUUGCUAAGAAGCAUGAGCUUCAGCGUGGUCUGAAGGCGCGCCAUAUCCAGAUGAUUGCCCUUGGUGGCACUAUUGGUACGGGUCUUUUCAUGGCCUCUGGUAAAGCCAUCGUUAAUGGUGGUCCUGGUGGUGCUUUAGUUGCCUAUGGCGUUCUCGGUAUCCUCGUUUUUUGCGUCAUGAUGAGCUUGGGUGAAAUGGCCGCCUACAUUCCUGUGGCUGGUAGUUUCGCUCAUUUCGCAACUCGAUUUGCCGACCCUUCACUCGGCUUUUGUGUUGGCUGGGUCUACUGGGCCAACUGGGCUGUUGGUGUUGCCGUCGAAUUGACCGGUGUAGCAAUGUUAAUGGAAUUUUGGCUUCCUGACUUCCCUAGUGUUGUUUGGUCUGUCAUUUGUCUGGUCAUUCUCGUCGCUAUCAAUGUUUUCUCCGUCAAGGGUUAUGGUGAAAUUGAAUACUGGUUCUCCUUCAUCAAAGUCCUCGUUGUAGUUAUCUUUAUUAUUGUCGGUUUCUGCGUCGUCACCGGUACCGCUGGCGGUGACUAUAUCGGCGUACGCAAUUUUCAUCUCGAAGGAGGUGCGUUUCCAAACGGCUUUAUCGGCUUCUUCAACGUCCUAUUGACCGCUGCCUUUUCGUUCAACGGUGUUGAAAUCGUCGGUAUCGCUGCUGGUGAAUCGCAAAACCCACACAAGACUGUCCCUAGUGCUGUCAACCAAGUUUUUAUCCGUAUUGUCCUUUUCUACAUCAUGUCAAUCCUCGUCAUUGGCCUGUGCAUCCCUUACACCGACCCAAAUCUGCUCCGUGGCAGCGACGAUAUAUCCGUCAGUCCCUUCACCUUGGUCUUUAAACUCGCAGGCGCCGAUUGGGCUGCCCAUUUGAUGAACGCAAUCAUUUUGGUCACCAUGAUCAGUGCUGGUAACUCUGGCGUCUACUCGUCUAGCAGAACCCUGCUAGCCUUGGCUGAAAACGGCAAUGCUCCACGUUUCUUCACACGUCUGAACCGUUGGGGUGUGCCUCUUUGGUCUGUCCUUGCCAGUUGCGUGAUCGGUUGCCUGGCCUUCUUGACAUCUUUGUUUGGUUCUGGUGUUGUGUUCACCUGGCUCACCAACUUGACAUCUGUGGCCGGUUUGAUUACUUGGGUUUCCAUUUCGAUCACCCACAUUCGUUUCCGUAUCGGCUUUAAGCGCCAACAGGUGUCAGAAGAUCAAUUGCCUUACAAAUCACCCUUGUUUCCGCUGUGCGAUGCCUUUGUCAUUAUCAUUGGUACAAUUAUUAUCUUUGGUCAAGGCUAUCAUACAUUUGAGCAGCCUAUUGUGGCCGCAGAUGUCAUUGCUGCAUACAUUGGUGUCAUUUUUGCCGUCGUCUUAUAUUUCGGCCACAAGAUCAUCAUGCGUCCGGCAUUUAACAAAUCCUUGGAAAUGGACUUUACAAGUGGAACGAUACCUAUCGAUCCUGUAAAGGAAGCCGAAGAAAAGCUAGCACAUAAGUCACUUCCUUUCGCUAAGCGCUUAUUCGCUAAGCUUCACGAGUAUUUCGCGUAGAAAUCUAUCAUCAUCAUCGUCGUUAUCAUCACAUACUUCAACAUUGUAUUAUCAUCCCUCCUCCCUCUUUCUUUUUUGCUCCCUUCUCUCUCCGCAUCAUUCCGUAUAUCCUGUCGUGUAUUUAGCUCAACCUGUACAUUACUUGUUUAUUAUUUCUUUAAUUUAAUUUUUGUAUGUAUUUACUGUUUACUUAUAA